UUUUAAUAUGUUUGCAGGUAUUAAGGUCAAGAAGAGAGGAGAAGUGGGUCAGGAGGACCAAGCACUCAAGCAGCUGCUUGAAAAAGAAGGACAGAAGAAAAAUAAAUAUAGUACAGCUAAAAAAUGGGAAAAAGAAGAAUCUAAGACAGAUGAACCAAUGGAAGAGCCCAUAAUGCCCCAAGAAGAAGAUGAGGAUAUUGAUAUCAAUGAGAUGUGAAAUAAAGCAAUCGAUGCUUUUUAUAAGUGUGAAUUUGAUGAUUACGAAGAGCUACAUCAGACUCUAACUAAGACUGAGCAAGUACAGUUUAUUCAAAAUGAGAAAGCUAUUGAGCAAACACAGAAAGAUAUUCAGUUAAAUCAGGAUCAGAGUAAUUCAGAGCUUUUUAAGGGAGGCCUAGUUAACGAACUUAUUGAUGAGAAGAGGAAACUUAUGCUCCAAAUCAGGUCAUGUGACCCAGAGUCCAAACAAUAUGAUGUUGUAAGCGACCAGUUUGAUAGUGCGUUUAUUGGUAAAUAAACUCAAGAAGAGAGACUUAAAAAGAUUAAUGAAGAAGGAUGAAAAGGCAGAAAAGAAUGCUUUCAGAAGAAGACAGAAGAUUCUUUCAAAUUGCAAGUUUUGUUAUUAUAACAACAGAAUUUUUGAGAGCAAACUUGUGAUUGCGAGUUCAUCCUCAGUUUAUCUGGGGGUUCCAACUGAGAUAGGAACUUUAUGUGAAGAUCAUCUGAUAAUCUCACCAAAGGAACAUUACUCUGCCACUAAUCAAUGUGAGGAGGAUAUUGCUCAAGAGAUUCGGAGCUUUAAGCUAUCCUUAGUAGGACAUUUUGGGAAGAAAGGUAAAUCAGUAGUCUUCCUAGAAACAGCUAUUGACUUGGAGAGUAUCCCUCACAUACAGAUAGAUUGUAUCCCAAUAGAGUCGGACUUGGAAGAAGAUGUGAAGCUAUUUUUCAAAAAGGCGUUGACAGAAGAUGAUGAGGAAUGGAGCACUCACAAGAAGAUAUAUGAUACUGUCGACUCGAAAGGAGAUAUUCAGGCUGUAAUCCCUGCAAACUUUAGCUAUUUCCAUUUAGACAUAAAUGCAAAGGGAGGGUUUGCCCACGUUAUUGAAGACUCGAGGAAAUUUAACCGAAUUCAUGUGCUUGAGGUACUCUCUAGCUGAGUGGGAGAGGAACAUCCCAAUUUCAAUGUACCUCAUAGAUAUGAGGAGUUGAGAAAGAAAGUGAAGAAGUUCAAAGAGAAGUAUAGCUUUAAAUCAAGAUAAUUUUGUAAUGAUUUUAUACUGAAACUUCA